GUGUCGUGGCGUGCGCCUUGUCACUUGUGUCGUCGACGGAGAAACAGUUCCACUACAGGAAUAGGGCUAACCAAGAUGCCUUGAAAGUUGGAAAAUUUGUUCAAGAAAUGGAGCGAGUUCGAGCCGGAAAACGGGAGAGCCGCCAGCUGGACGAGGUUUUCGGCUCAAUUGCUGACAUUACCCAGAUCCUCGGGUUGAUUAUGAGACUGGCCCAGGCUGCUGUGAAUGGGUUCGCGUACAUCGCCAACAUGAUGGCCAACGCCCGCCAGGACUCGCCGCUCCUGGCCCAGGUUCUCUGGGCCGCCGUGCAGCUCCUUGGCCAGGGAGCCGUC